AUCUGUUUCAACGCCCAGACUACCCUCCCACUUCGCUCCGUCUCUGCUUUGAAAUCGCCUUCUCUUUCUACGCCAUUGCAGCACACCUCUCUAACCGAGCGCGGUGAGAAAAGGUCAACGCCUCUGCAUAAGCGCCAUUUUCGUCAGGUCACUGCUCGCGCACUUGAUUGGGCCCCGCGUAGACAUUAUCAUUUCAAAUGUACAGAGUAUCGGCUUUUAUGGGCGGCGAAACUACGGUGCAAAAGAAUCCCGGUCUAUAACGCAGCAUGGCGGACAAGGACCUCCUGGCCUCCCGCCCUUUCCUGGUCGGCGGGAGAUGUCCGUGAUUCGCACGGGACUUGGGUGAAGGGUGUGGGCGAGCCUCGACAUGGGCUGAUGUCUGCAGCUCUGUGGCAGCACUGCAAAUGCUACUCUGGUGAUGUCAGCUGCAAUCCACUGACUCGUUCGCUAUCGGUCUCUGAUGCCAAAUUGGGCCUCGGCUGGCGGACAUUUUUCAGGCCUGCCUUGUUCGAUGGACACUUGGACCUUGGAGUGGGAGGCCUUCUAUCGAGUACCCGCACCAUGAUAGUCUUGAUUGGCCCACCCGAGGUUACAGGAAACUGCUCGUGUUCGAACCGGUUCGUCGGGUUCGCGCGUCGUGUCAAGGUCACUGACCUGGGAGGGGGUGGAGGAUACUGUAUCAUCACUCUGGCCAGUCUUUUCUUCAUGAUCGUUUAAAAGAGUGGAACAUCGCGGCGAGACAAUCACAUUGUGGUGUGGAUCUCAAACAUGUGGCGAUGAGAAACGACACAGCUCUCGAAUCCUUCUUGCUCCCCCUUUACUGCCGUGUCAAUCAGUAAGCUGGUUCGCCAUGUGUUGGCCAUCUAUUUUUCGGCAGUCCAGGACAGGCAACCCACGCCGCACAUCACUUCACUGCAACUGCAAGAGAUCAGCCAAUAGUUCCUCGGCGAGAAUCGGUGCCUCUCGGGGCAGUCACCAAUUCACCCCAUUGACUUAAAUUCCCAAUGCGGUUUAUAGUCGUUGUCCCCAGAGGAUUAAGCUGGGGAACAGGCAGACAGCAUGCAGACACCAGAGUGAGGCCUCUAGUUCCAUGCUUGCUGUUGGGUGUGUCGGCAACUCUUUCGCCCCUUUGGGCGCGCAACCAUCAGUUCACUCUCAUAGACUCGAAGACCUAAUGCGGUCCACCGUCGCAAAAGCCCCACCCAAUCGCCGCCGCCGUGAUGCAAUCAAUCUCGCGCGUCAACACUCAUUCUGCCU